GAUGGGUCCAGUCCAUCAACUUGUCCCGUGAUGUGGUGAGUUGCGUCCGGGCCAGGAAGGAAGGAAGGAGGGGGGGAGCGUGUGUCCUCACUCAGCCUCCCUCCCUCCCCGUUAGUUAGUUAGUUAGUUACAGUGACUCCAGGGCGAGUUACUCACCGCCUCCUCCUGUCUUCACACGGGGAACAUGGCUGUGUUGAAGAUACAAGAGCAGAUUUCUACGCAAUAAAGAACUUAAAACCGUUGCGGAGAUCCAACCUGCAUUUCCCCGAUAAGCGACUGCCCGGGCCUCGGAGAUUAGAUUUGACGUCGGAAAUGCUGCCGUUUACCACGGAGAGAUAGAUCAGUUGCGUGGGGAAGAGGGUGAAACGUCCAGCGCAGAUCCGAGCAAGAGAACAGUUACAGCCGAGGUCGGCUCCAACUGCCGAGACCUGCCCCUGUCGAAUGAAACGUCCAGCACCGGCAGCCGAGAUCAAGGCGGAAGAACCGACGAACGAGUCCGCUGAGCCGGGUCUGUCAUCUUCAUUUCCCUCUAUAUUAGACCCAAGAGACGGGCUUCCCUCACCAAAAACAGCCUCAAAGGGGCAAACGGACCAACGCAGAGAACUCGUGGGGGAGGAGCCAUACCACAAAGUCUGCGGCAGUGAGACACUGUUCGAAUCUGUGAUAAUCUUUCCAAACUGAUGUUACUCCUCUGUGAAAAGAAUUUGUAAAGUAUGGUGUGACGUGGUGUAACAUGGAGUACGAUGUCAUUCCCGAUGAGAUGUUAUCCGCUGCAGAUGAAUAAAAUGUUCAAUCUUACAAAGAGGCAGAUAAUCUUUUUUGAAUUAACCAACUGGCUCUUACAUCGAUUCUACCCCUUUUUUUCUCCCGACUUACCUCAAAAUCAUCUCGAGACACAUUUCCCCUCUAUUUCACCCGCUUCACCUCAGAUUAAUGUCGAGGCGGACCCUGUCUCUUCCCUCCCGGCUCACCUCAAAAUAAUGUCAAAGAACCCGUCAUGAUAUCGCACGCCCGCUUUAAUCAUCAAGAAAUUAGAGUGAUGUUGAAUCUCCCUCAUCCCAGCAGCACGCCCGAUUACGCGGCCUAUUUUUCACACGUGGGGGGUACUGCCAAUCAGUUGAUGGUAGCGGCCCUCUCGGGGUAAGACGCAACUUUUUCCACGAUCCCAAUUACGAUCUGAAAUUCAUCGACUCGCUGUCAUUUCUUACCAUGCGUCUAAUGCCUAAUGCUUUAGGAUUCGACUAUCGAAGCAAGGGUUUUUUCCCUCCUGGUAUAAGCUCAGAGGAGCAUUUAAAGUAUGUAGGACCCUACCCGCCAGUGCAAGACUACGGUAUCGAGCAUAUGACUCUGAACGAGCAGAAAGAUUUUGAGCGUUGGUAUGGAGAGGUGAGGCGGGGGACCUUUAACUUUGAAAGGCUGUAUCCGAUUCAGGAAUCAGUUUCUCGAGGACACGGACGUGGACCCGUUCGAAUGCGUCACCAUAGCCUCGGCCCGCAUGAAGGUGUUUCUCACCAACUUCCUCCCUCCUAAAAAACCCUUGUGAUACCUUCGCCCGACGACUACAGACGUCAACACAAACGUUACUCCAACAUCUCCAUCCAGUGGUUAGAGUGGGUUUCGCACAAUCGAUGCAUUUUCAUAGAGCAUGCGUUAAAAAGAGGGGAGAGAAAGAUCGGGCCCUAUCACGUAGACGGGAGGUGUCAAAACUGCUUGGGAGAUUCUGGGCUGUUUCUUUCAAGGUUGUCCUACCUGUUUUUUUUUUCCGCACAACGUCUCCCCGUGGACAGGCACCUCCUUUGAGGAGCGGUUCAGGUGAGUCCAAACCUUGACUGUGCUCACCUACCUUCCAUACGACGCUUCCCAGCCCUAUUCAUGAGAGUUUGCUAGUUUGAGUUUUGGUAAGACAUUUGGUGUUAUUUAUUACAUUUUACACACUAAGUGAUUUAUCAGUAAUUAACUACAAUAAUAAUUAGGUGAUAAUUGAAUGAAAAUAAUUGUUAGUUGUAGAAUUGGAAGUGAAUAUGGCUGCAAUUGUUUGUGCAUUGUUUCAGAAUUGGCACAAAUGAUUUUAAUAAGAAUAUCUUUUUCAGUUUGUUAAAAGUUAAGUCAAAGUGGGUUCAUGAUUAUGCCGCACUGUCACCUGUCCUGGACUGUCCAGUCUUCUGUACAGUCAACAGACAUGCAACAAACGGAAGAGCGUGUGUGGUUAGAUCCCCCCCCUCUAUUCUUCAUUGUUCUCUGUAGUGCUUGCUGAAAGAGAAUUGGGCAAAAGGAAAGAAAUACUCACCCAGACAGGGCAAGAUUGGAGAUGGGAGUGUGUCAUUUUCGGCCAGGACUUCUGUUUGUCCUCUAGAGGGUGCUGUGUUGCUUAGUAGGGUACGAGAGUGUCCUUACCAGGCUAUGGUCCUGCCUGAGGAGAGAGAGGGGGGGAGGCGCAUUUAAAAGAACAUGUAUAAUAGCUUACAAUAGAGAGUGUGUUGUAGUUUUGUGUGGGGUAAGUAGCCCAGAUCUUUUCAGUUGUGUCCAGACUGCAUACAUCAGCACCAUGCUGGUAAAGGACAGUAUCCAAAGAGCCUUUAUGCACCAUCCUGUUUAUUUGUCUGUACAAGUGAAUUGUGUACACAGAGCAAAUGCUAUAGGUUACCAGUGGUGGAUUUACUUAUAUACUCAAUGGGCAAGUAUGCCAUUGGUAUAUAUUCUCUCCAGUCAACACUUCUUGGUCAUCAGAGUUUACAAAGUGGAUUAAAAAUUUCAAAUAAAUAUCCGAACAAAUCCCAAAACUCAGCCAAAUAAUUUGACUACAAUAUAACACACAGCCUGCAUUGUUUGGAUAUGGCUAUGGUUAACCUGAAGGAUAAUUCACUUUGUGGCUGUCUGACAUUUUAUAUCACAGUGUACUUACAUCACUUCAGAUCUACGCGAUACUAAUUACUCAUCAUCCUCAGUUGGCCAAAUACUCAGCACAUUUAAUGGAUAAUGUGUUGUUUUGGUCAGACUGUGCAUACCAAACAUUCUAAGUGAUGAGAGUAAAACUUUACGACCGAUCACCAGCUCUUGGUCUUUAAAAGCUUUGAAUGCUCUGGAUGUCAGUGUCUUCAUUGCUGCUGUCCCUGGCACACACACAGACCCGCACGUGCUGGCCUUUGUGUGUCUGGACUCGGAUUACAUUACACACGGUGCAUCCUGCCGCAGGGUCAAAGCAGAGGUCAGUUUUGUAGCCUGCGUACUUUGGCUCACACAUGCACGUUAAGGCUCUCUCCCAUGAAGUAAGGCUCGUAGGCAGCGCUGUGCUACUGUUUGUGGGUAUUUGGGAUAAUAUUUUGCCAGCAUUCUUUUGUUGUUGUGGUCAGAUUGGGUUCAUCUUUUGUGUUUUUGCUAGGUUCCCGUUGCUAUGCGAGCCCCAGCUCUGGAUUAAUGAAGCAGGCAUUUGAUCUCUGCCUGUCUCACGAAAACACAUCCAACUCAUUAUAGAUACAAAUUUCAGUUUAUGUUGUCAGUUCAUAUGCUCAUCCUUGUUUGCUCUUGGCUUUGCUUUUGGGUCCAUAUUACAUCUAUAAACCCAUAUUACAGUUCACCCAAAGACUAAUUUCUAACAAGUGGCAACAAAUCUGCUUUGUAAACAUCUUUCGGCUGCGCGGUUCAGAAUACCCCCGGUGCUAGCAAGUGGGAUAGACAAAACUCUGGUUGUUUGUUUAUGUACUUUGCAUCCCAAACAUAAUUUAUUAUUUGUGCCUUUGAUUCAAAUCUCUAGUGGUGUCUCAAUUGCUGCAGGAGCAGAAAGAUUUUAGCUGUGUUUCACGUUAAGUUAAUAAAUGGUAAGUCCAUUAGACUCAAAACUUAGGUCUGCUGAAAGACUCCAUCCAAAUUUUGCUCUCUUAUUCGUCCUCCCUCACUCCGACUCCGUCCCUCCCUCUGAGUUAAUGGGCUUGUGCGGCUUGGCAAGAUUACUCUUUUUAGGAUCUGUGUUGAAUAUGAAGGAGACUGAGUCACACACACACACACACAAGCAGAGUCAUGCCCGUACAAACUGGUCUUGUUAGCUACCCUCACAUUCUCUGGCAAAGCCAGUUUGUUCCAGUUUCAUAAUGAGGAGAUGGGGACUUUUGAAGCUAUGCCACAGAUACACCAAAAGGGAUACUAGAACACACACACACACGCAUCCUGAUCUGUUAUCCAUUUUCCAUUGUUCUCUCGCAUUUGGAAGGAAAGGGCAUUUCUAUUUUAGCACCAGCUUGACAAAGAUGCAGACCACUUAAAUCUUAUUUAGCAAACUCUAAAAACAUCACAACAUUGUAGUGCAUAUGGUUUUGUUUCCGCCAUGCUGUGGGUUACAUUUUUUUUUUUUUAAGAUCUUCUCAACUCGGCUGUUUAAAAAAUAACCUUGUAUAGAGACUCCUUGUACGACUUAAAGUUGUCACUUCAUUAAUUGAAUGCACCGUUCCAAAGAGCUUUGUGUAGAGGAUGCAGACAUUCAGAAAGUGAAUAAUCUCUGUAAAUACAUCAUAGCAUUGGUUGUUGCAGAUAGCAGCGGAUUCAAUAAAGAAUCAAUAGAACUGCACCUUUUUCUCUAAUGUUCGACCACAAUUCCACUUCAGUUAGAAUUAGAUUAGUGAUCACACAUAAACUCAGCUGACUCACUGUUUGACACAAUCCAGAAAGGGAGCUAACUGUCCUGGUUUCUCUCAUUUUAGUUUUUUCCCCUCUGCAUUUUAUCUCUCCCCAUUUUAUUUCUGUUUCUUUAAAUAUUGUAUUUUAGAGUGAUCACAUUUCUCAGUCAGCUUUCUCCAAUCAGUUGAUGUCCAAUCCUGCCGAAUGCCCCUCUCUGUUUUUUUUUGUGUUGUAAUGUUCUAUGUACCUGCAUAAAAUUAUAGCCCCCAUCUAUUUAUCUCCCUCUCUCCCUCUCUCUCUCUCUCCCCCUCCCUCUCUCCCCUCCCCCUCCUCUACCUCUCCUUUUGAAAGGGCUGGCUUCAGCACUCUGCCUGAAACGAGCAAUGCAUACUCACACAUAGAUUGGACGCUACAGCCCCUGUCCCCACUCAUCACAGGGUCUGUGUAAGUGUAUAUGUGUGUGUGUGUGUGUGUGUGUAUUCCAGGCUGCAGCAGAGCAGUGAGGAUAUGUAGCUUCCUGUCUGCUCAUUCUGCCGCAUGCCGCUUGCUGCCACCAUUACGCAGAGGAAUUCCCUGUCGUCUCUGCAGCUGCUGCUGCUGACAGAGAGUGUGAGCGUGGGUUAGAGAGAGGAGGAGAGGAGACAUGCAGCAAAGCGACACUGACCGAUAGAGGACAGAACUGGAUUUCACAUUGGAUUUUACAUGAAGAUGUACAGUGCUUGUUUUCGAGGAAAUCGCACUGUUUGUGGGAUUUCUUGCGGACCCUCGUGAUCCUGAAUUGUGGACAUAUGUAAUAGGGAUCAGUGUUUGUGUGUGUGUGUGUGAGAGUGUAUGAUUGUGUUGGUGUGUGUGAGUGUUUGUUCCUGAUGCGGUCUGAGCGGGCUAGCCGUGUGUGUAUUGUGGUGCUGGAGGAGGUGGAGGAGGAUGAGCCCUCUUCUUCACCCCCACCUCCUCGGCCCAAAUCACCUCCAGAGCACAGAUCCCAUCAUGCCUCUCGAAGGGCUGCUGCACAGGAGGACAAGCCGUCGUUGUUAAGAGCUAUCUUCAACGUGGACCCAGAGGAAGUUCGCUCCCUCAUAUUCAAGAAAGAGGAUGUCAACAUUCAGGACAAUGAGAAGCGGACGCCUCUGCACGCCGCAUCCUACCUCGGAGACGCUGAGAUCAUUGAGCUGCUCAUCCUGUCAGGAGCCCGAGUCAACGCCAAAGAUAACAAGUGGUUGACUCCUCUUCACAGAGCUGUCGCCUCUUGUAGUGAGGAUGCAGUGACCGUGUUGCUGAAGCACAGUGCGGACGUCAACGCUCGGGACAAGAACUGGCAGACGCCACUCCACGUAGCCGCUAGCAACAAGGCAGUGCGCUGUGCCGAGGCUUUGGUCCCUCUGCUAAGCAAUGUGAACGUGUCAGACCGGGCGGGACGUACUGCCCUGCAUCACGCUGCCUUCAGUGGACAUGUAGAGAUGGUGAAGCUUCUGCUGUCAAGAGGAGCCAACAUUAAUGCUUUUGACAAGAAGGACAGGAGAGCCAUCCACUGGGCAGCCUACAUGGGUCACCUGGAGGUGGUGAAGUUAUUGGUGGCCAGCGGCGCUGAGGUUGACUGUAAGGACAAGAAGGCCUACACACCUCUGCACGCAGCUGCCUCCAGUGGCAUGAGCAGCACAGUGCACUACCUGCUGAGCCUGGGAGUCCAUGUCAGUAGACAUGCACUAGCAAUCUAUGUAAAUGAGGUGAAUGCCUAUGGCAACACGCCACUCCAUUUGGCCUGUUACAAUGGACAGGAUGUGGUGGUCAGCGAGCUCAUCGAGACAGGGGCCAAUGUCAACCAGGUGAACGAGAGGGGCUUCUCUGCUCUCCACUUCGCCUCGUCCUCACGUCAGGGGGCGCUGUGCCAGGAGAUGCUGUUAGCCCACGGAGCUCACAUCAACAUGCGGAGUAAGGAUGGAAAGACUCCUCUCCACAUGGCAGCUACACAUGGAAGGUUCUCCUGUUCUCAGGCCCUCAUUCAAAAUGGAGCUGAGAUUGAUCACGAGGACAAAAGCAGGAACACUGCCCUUCACAUUGCUGCCCGCUACGGCCAUGAGCUCAUCAUCACCGCUCUCGUCAAACACGGAGCCAGCACAGCCAAUAGAGGCAUUCAUGGGAUGUUCCCUCUACACCUGGCAGCUCUUAGUGGCUUCUCAGAUUGCUGCAGGAAGUUGCUGUCCUCAGGGUUUGACAUAGACACCCCUGAUGACUUUGGCAGGACCUGUCUUCAUGCUGCUGCAGCUGGAGGAUUGAUAUGUGAACGAAACAUCACUGUUAAAGAUGUUUCUUCAUCCAGGAACCUGGAGUGUGUGAACCUGCUGUUAAACAUCGGAGCUGACUUUAACCGGAGAGACAACUUUGGAAGGACUCCAUUACACUAUGCAUCAGCCAACUGCAACUACCAGUGUGUGUUCGCCUUGGUGGGCUCCGGGGCAAGCAUCAAUGAGCUGGACCAGAGAGGCUGUUGCCCCCUGCACUACGCUGCUGCUGCUGACACUGAUGGAAAGUGUGUGGAGUACCUGUUGAGGAAUGAUGCCGAUCCAGCAGUGAGAGACACACAGGGUUUCAGCGCUGUGCAUUAUUCCUCAGCGUACGGUCGCACACUCUGUCUGGAACUGAUGGCAAGUGAGACGCCUCUUGAUGUGUUAAUGGAGACGUCAGGAACAGAGAUUCUAAGUGACUUGGAGAGCCAGGCCCCUGUCAGUCCACUGCAUCUGGCGGCUUACCAUGGACACUGUGGAGCACUAGAGGUCCUCCUGUCCUCCCUGCUGGACGUGGACGUUCGCAGCCCAGAGGGACGCACCCCCCUCAGCCUGGCCUGCUCCAGUGGUCAUCAGGAGUGUGUCUCCCUGCUGCUGCAUCACGGAGCCUCGCCCAUGACCCAUGACUACACACACAAAAAGACAGCCAUACAUGCUGCAGCUAUGAAUGGCCACCCCGAGUGCCUGCGCCUGCUCAUGAGCAACAAUGACCAACGCAUUAAUGUGGACUUACGAGACACCAACGGACAAACUCCUCUGAUGUUGGCUGUGCUGAAUGGACACACAGAGUGUGUGUACUCUCUGCUUAGUCAAGGAGCCAGUGUAGAGAAUCAGGACCGCUGGGGGAGGACGGCACUACACAGAGGGGCAGUGACGGGUCAGGAGGAGUGUGUGGAGGCUCUCCUCCAGCGGGGGGCCAGUGUUUGUGUGAAGGACAUCCGGGGCCGUUCACCUCUUCACCUGGCGUCCGCUUGCGGCCGUGUUGGUGCCCUGGGUGCUCUGCUGCAGGCCACCACCACCCCACACACUGACACACACCUCACUGACAACCAGGGCUACACACCACUGCACUGGGCCUGUUAUAACGGAUAUGAUGCGUGUGUGGAGGUGUUGUUGGACCAGGAGGUGUUCAGGAGGAUUAAGAGCAACUCAUUCAGUCCACUACACUGUGCUGUGAUGAGCGACAACGACGGAGUGGCUGAGAUGUUAAUCGACUGCCUGGGCGCAGCUAUCGUCAACACCACUGACUCUAAGGGCAGGACCCCUCUUCACGCUGCAGCUUUUUCCGACCACGUGGAGUGCGUUUCUCUUCUUCUGAGCCACGGUGCUCAGGCCAACGUAGUCGACACAAACACGUGCACCACACCGCUUAUGAUGGCAGCUCUGAAUGGACAGACCAAUGCUGUGGAAGUGUUGGUGAGCAGCGCUAAAGCAGACAUGGCUCUACAGGAUACAAACCGAAACACAGCAUUACAUCUGGCCUGCAGCAAGGGCCAUGAGACGAGUGCCUUGUUGAUUAUGGAGAAAAUCUGUGACAGGAACCUCAUCAACUGCACCAAUGCUGCUCUCCAGACGCCGCUGCAUGUAGCAGCCAGGAAGGGUUUGACGGUGGUGGUCCAGGAGCUGCUGGGGAAAGGAGCCAGUGUGUUGGCGGUGGACGAGAACGGUUACACUCCAGCUUUGGCCUGCGCUCCCAACCGUGAUGUAGCCGACUGCCUGGCCCUCAUCCUCAACUCCAUGAUGCCCACCUCCCCCAUUGUCACCAUAGCAGCUUUACCUGCACUUUCUCUCGCUCAAACGGUCGUCAACCACCACCCCACCUCCAAAGGCGUGGCCUUCGAUGCCCUGCCCCCUCUGAGGCCCGACCACGCCUCCUACUGCAGGCCAGAGCGCCCGCUGUCCACUGUAUCUGCAGACGAGGAAAUGAAUGACUCAGAUUCAGAGACAUACUGAGGACUAUUGGACAGAGCCCCACAGUUCUGACAGGCCAAGCAGCCACUCAGGAGCCUUAAUAGUUCACUGAAAAGGGACAGAGAGGGAAAUAAAAGCAGAUUGUUUUUUAGGUAAACCUCUUCAAUAAUAAUAAUAAUUUCUGUGUAUCAGAUGUUUGUUUUCAUCAAGGUGGGAAUAAUGUACUAAAAUAUAGAAUAAGGUAUAAACACAAUGCAUUUCUCUCAGACAGGAUCAAUGCAUGGUCAGUAACAUGGCCAGUGUCUUUUUAAAAUUUAAAGCAAUGUCAUUUUUCUUUUUAAAUGCUGAUACUUCCUCGAAUGGUUUUAAGCCUCGUCAGUUUUUCCUUGUACAAUCACCAGACGAGCGAGGACACGUUUCUGGCACCAUUGUCUAAAGAAAAAAAACAAACGGACAAUCUUAUGGGACCAGGAGAUCAAUGAACUGUUUUCUCUCGUGUGCUUCUGAGUUUUAAUUCUUCUCUGAGCUGUUGCGGCAGCUGGCGAAGACUCUUCCUUCCGCACGUUGCUGCGUCACUGAUGUCGAACCACUUUUUGAUUCCGGGGAGAGGAAGUCGCUAUUGAAUCCUAUGAAAAACAUGAAUUUAAUCCUCAAGGAGGUGAUUCUGACAGCAGGUGGAUGUAAGACCCGUUCACUGUAUGAUUGGUUCAGGAUUGAUGGUGCAAAUGAGCGACCCGAGGAACUUUUAACCUGCUAUGCUGUAAACUACUUAAUGUCUGUGUACUGUACUGGAGAAAGUGGCUGACACUGUGCAUAAUGUGUGUGUAUAAGAGAUUGUGUGUGUGUGUGUGUGUGUGUGUGUGUGAGAGAGAGAGAGACAGAAAUGAAUAAAAACUGCCAAGAAACUUUCAGGCAGAGGAUGAACACUACCUGGUGCAAUGUUUAUAAAGAUGAAGUAACAAAGGAAUAAAGAUAUUUGUUUUUGA